AUGUCUUCCUUUAUUAAAGAGACGCAGAGCAUCAAGGAAGCGGUGACUCUUAUCAAUGCCAUUGACUUGAACAAAUUCUCCAGGUUGAUAUCCCGGAUAAUCCAAAAGCUUCAUCUGAAGGGAGAACGGACAUUCAGCGAAGAGGAGGAGGAAAAACUUCAAACGGCACUAUCCCUGGACAAACAGGCUCUGGAUUUAGUCCUGGAAACAUCUGCUUUCAUUCUUGAGCAAGCCGUGUACCAUAAUGUGAAGCCAGCAUCUCUACAGCAACAGCUUCAGGGAAUCAGUGUGAGCCCUGACAAGGCCGAAGUGUUUUCUCAAACGUGGUCCAUCUCUGGCCCUGAGCUAGUGAAUCGACUGAAGCACAAUAUAUUUGCCCCUAAAAAGCUGGAUUUUGUCAGCUGGCAGUUGAACCUGCAAAUGGCCCAGUCCAGCCAGGCCCGACUUAAGUCCCCCAGUGCUGUGCUCCAACUGGGCCUCAACAAUGAAGACUCUCAGAGCAUCCUGGAAAAUAUAUUUGUUGAGUUUAACCACCAGGAGCUGCUUGAGUUCUACAACAAGCUUGAAAUUGUGCAAGGCCAACUGGAUUCCCUGACUUGA